AUGGACGAUCAAAAAUUAAUUAAAAAUGUUGAACUGAUUGGACAUUAUGAAGAUUCGACUAUUGAAUGUUAUAAUGAACUUGAACAGUCAACACAAACAAAAAAUAAAAAUUCUUCUAAACUAUUACCAACAACUAACAAACAACCAUCGCCUACUGUUGUAACUUCUCAUCAACAAACGAUGAAACAAGGUUAUGAGCUUCCUCCAUUAAUUUUAGAAGGUGUUAGUCUUUCUCGUGUUGCAUUAAACAAUUUUUUAGUAAAGAAAAUUCCUGAAUUAAAAUGUAACAACAUUAUGUAUAAUGAUAAAAGAAAAAAUUUUACAAUUUAUCCUUCAACUAUAGCUUCAUAUAAUGCAUUACUUACUCGAUUAUCGUUGAAUGAAUUAUCUGAUACUGCAAAAAUUUUUAUUCCUCGAUCAAUACAACGAAUUCAAAAAACUGAUAAAGAAGCAUUUGUUAAAAGUGUGGAUAAAGAAAUAUCGAUUCAAGAAAUUCAAAAUGCUUUAACAUAUAAUGGUUAUCAGGUGAAUCAAGUAGAGAGAUUAAUGAACAAAGAAAAAACCGGUACAGGAACAACUAUUAAAAUUACUUUUGAUGAUGUUAAGAAUCGAGAUGCAUUUAUCAAAUUAGGUUUACAAAUUGAUCAUAUGCAUUUUCCUGCAGAAAAAGCAAAACAAAAAAUUAAUCCACAACAAUGUCAUUCAUGUUAUCGAUUCGGACAUAUAGCUAAAUAUUGUAAACAACAACAACUAAUAUGUUCUUAUUGUGCUGGUCCUCAUCGAUAUAACGUUUGUGAUCAAAAACAAUUACCACCUAAAUGUUCCAAUUGUCAAGGUUCACAUGAAGCAACUUCUCAUGAUUGUCCAAAGUACAUAAAUGAACAAAAACGUAUACAAACAGCAAUUGAUCGGUAUUCAUAUUCUUCCACUAGUAUACAUCAUUCAACACCAGUACCUGAUAGUCAUGAUAUUAAAAAUUAUCCGCUACUUUCAUCAACAAACUCGAUUAUUACUUCUCAAACACUCAACAGUAUUACUGAAGCAUGUACGAUGGCAACAAUGAAGGCAAUUGAGAAUAUUUCUAAUAAAUUAAUUACAAUAUUCACCAAGAAGAUGAAUGAAUUAAUUUAUCAAUUUUCAUCUAAAUAUCAAUUACCAAUCGAUGUAACUAUGGAUUGUAUAUCUUGUGAAACUAAUCCUGAUUCUGAUACUGAAGAGAAGGAAAAAGAUCCUGAUUAUUCAUUAGAAAUUUCAACUGAUCAAAAUCAGCUUGCAGCUGUAAAUGAUGAAAUGGUUGACAUAAAUGAACUUACACAUGCCAACACAACACAUAAAAACCAACAAUCUACAACAAUGAACAAUAAUGGAGUGAAACGUACUUCCAACAUUGAUUCGCCUACUACUUACAAACCAAAACGAACAAAUAAUACUAAUCAAAGUACUACAAUCAAAAUCACCAAAUCCAAAACCAAAUCUUUAGUAAUAUAA